AUGGCUUUUGUCAUUCAUAAUGCUCCGUCUUUGGAGAAUCCUUUUGCUUGGGAUAUGGUGGAUGAUAAUUUUACGGCUUUUUACGAGCCGUAUGAUGAGCUCCAAAACUUAACCGCAUUUUUAUUGACCAAUUAUUGCAUAACGUCGUUUGGCGGCGGAAUUGUAUCAUUUUUGAUGCUCUACUUGGUCCUAUUCAAAACUUCCGGUGCGCUAAAAAAGUACCGAAAAAUGCUUUUUAUCUGCUGCAUUACCGACUUGACUUAUUGGGUGGUCGACAAUUUUAUGUGGAUGGUAAAUACAACCUCGGCCGUUAUACAAAUCACAUUUAGAAGGUGAAAGAGAAAGACGGAGUAUUUAUUGUCAAAAUGGAAGGGCUUGCGGGUCACCUGAGUUUUGCUUAUCGAGCGUUCACUAUGGCGUUUUAUGUGUGGUCAACUUGCUUUUUGAAUGCGAUGUUGCCCGUUCAAUUUUACUUUCGCUAUUACUCUUUGACAAGGUUUGCCUUUUACUGCCCUUUGUAUUAUUUUUUUCCUUUCAGACAGAUUUUUUUAACAGCGUCGCAAACCCUUGGUUUGUGUGCCAUAGCGCUGGUUGUCACAAUACCAACACUUUUCUUUACGUUCAUCAGCUUCAACAGGUCGCCAGAUGAGCAGCCUGGCUUCAAUUACGGACAACUAUGGUAUCAAGAAUUCCCAUUGCCAGAGCUAUUGUUUGGAGAUGUGGUAAGUGGCCCUUUGAAGAGUCUGAUAGGUUGAACUACCGUCUAGCUCUAUACAGCAAAUCCCAAAAAAAAAUUCUUAUGGAGGCUUUGAAUAUUCCGGCCUGAAAUUUUUUUGGGGGCUCUUGAAAUCGCUUGCAAAGGUGGGGCUUGUUGUACAGAGAUUACGCUGUUUUUAAUAUACAGGGUGCGCCAAAAAUAUUGGGACAAAAAUCAAUUCCGUGUAGCUUUUUUCGGCUGGCCUUGGAAUCAAAACUUUUGGCCGUUUUAGCAAGGGUAACAGUCUUGCUAUACGGCAACGGUAAUGCCAGGGUUGGGGCCCAUUGCAAACUUGAAAAAAUAUUCAAAGGUUUUUGGGGGACCAAAAUUUUCUUUUCAAGUGGAUGACCGGGAAAUCAAUUUGGCCAUUAUUUCCGCUAAGGGAAAGUAAGAUCCUUCAAAUUUAUUGUGUAUAAAGCACAUGCUAUUAGCUUCGUAACAGCGUAUGUAAUCAUGGUUGACGACCGAUCUGGCGGCGCUGGUCGCAAAAACAAAAAAAAUCCCGAAAGUUCGGAUUUUUAUGUUUUUAACGAUCUCAAUACCACAGUAUCGCCCGUGUUGCUCUAAAAUUUUGUGGUUAUAGAGUGUGUACAUAGGGAAUUGUCAUACUGUAAAAGAAAAUCUACACCUACAAGGGGACAGUUUCUGUAUGGAAAAAACUUUAUGGUGCGGAUUGGAGGCACGGUCCUUCGAAGCUUUAUAUAUUUUGGCAGUUUACUACAAGUUGAAAAGUACUUGAGCGUAAAAAUCGACGUAACGCUGUACUCGGGAUACAUGCUGACACAACUGAAUUACUUUUAGCGAUCUUCAGUCCAGGCUCACUUGACGAGCAACCUUAGAGUAAAUUCUACCGCUAUAGUCACUAUUUCAUCCCCCAGAGGCAGAAGAUAAAAAAAUAAUUUUUCAAAGACGACUAGUCAGACUCUCGUUGUCCUUAUGAAAGUAUCUCUGAUGCCUAAUACGCUGGGAACCUUACAUCGAAACUUCUACAUAAAAAUCUUUGACCUUACGGAAGUUUUCUGGAAAACGGCGCGUUUUUAGGCCGACUUUGACGGGCUGUAAAAGAUGUAAUCGUCAUUAUAAGUAAAAAUCAUUUUUAGUGUAUAAAAAGCGACCGCUACUCUGUCAUAUGAAGUGAAUUUCCGCCAUAGCAUGCAACGGUAAAAGUAGUCUUUCCAAUUUUUAUCCAUUUUGGGGUCCGUGUCUCAGGGGCCUCAGUUGUGAGCACUUAUAAUGGCAGAACAGGUGUCGUAUACGACUACUCUGUCUGAAACUUUGAAGAUAGAUUCUUGGGAGCAUUGCACGUUUGCACAAGCGACCACUUUGCUCUUGUACCAUUACAGCCCGCAGGGCAAGUAAAAAUAUGAGUCCCAAUAUUUUUGGCGCACCCUGUAAAAUUGUUGUGAACAAAAUUUUCAGCGCUCAAUCUACCAAAAAGGGUUCUUCUUUUGGGCCGGAAUAAGCAUUGGCGCUUCAUACCUCUUAACGAUUUCAAUCGGUCGUAAAACUCUGCAAUUUACAAGAAAAAUGGACGCUUCUUAUUCCGAGAGGACAAGACGACUUCAGAAACAACUCACAAAUUUUAUGUUUGUUCAGGUAUCCAGUACAACUAAGCUGCCCUAAAAAUAAAUUGAUUGCUUUUAGGCAAUAAUUCCCUUGUUCAUAUCAGUAGUUCCCUGUCUUCUGAUUGUGGCUACGGCCUUCCUUUACAUGGACACUGGCAGGAUGUGUUGCUACUGUGUAAUUGCGACCAGCUGGAUCCCCGUACUCAACCCUAUCAUCACUAUUGUGGUGAUUGUUCCCUUCCGACGAACUGUCCGUGGACUCUUUCGGAAACGAGCCGCGGUCAAUAGUACAGCAUCCAAUCUGUCGAUUACGGCUAUAACUUAA